CAGCUCCGCGCAGAAGACGGCCCGGGCUCAGAGCGCAGCGGGCGGGUCCGCGUCGUUGAUCCCCCCCGGUUUGGAUGUAACCUGAUCGGUCUCGAGCCUGCGGACUGAGCGGUCUGUCGGUCGGUUGUUUGGCGGUUGCCUGGAGCGGGAGGCCGGGAGCAGGACAGCGUCUGCCCGGGCUGGUGCUGCUGUGGACGGACUGUCGCCGUGGGUCGGAGCGGAGCGGAGCCCGCAGGGACCGGCUGCUGCCGCUCCCAGUGUCCGUGCGUUGUUCUCCGCGUGCCGGACUGACACUGACUGAUCAGCGUUCCGGUACCGGGACUUGGAUGUGUGUGUUGCCCCGCAGGAGUCACCUGGAGUCCGGGCGGAGAGUCGGGGCCGAUGGCGCAACGGUAUGAAGACCUGGCCCACUACGGCCUGGAGGGGGUGGGGGGGGUGUAUGGAGACCACCACCACCAUCACCACCACGCCGCCGCCGCUGCUCGCUCCCUGCAGGCCGUUCACCUGGCCGCCGCCACCAGUCCAUACCCUCCACACCAGUACUCCCAGUCCACCCAGUCCACCCACACCAGCAGCAGCAGCAUGGCUGGGGACGCCGUCAAGAGGGACAGGGACGCCAUUUAUGGACAUCCUUUAUUCCCGCUGCUCGCUCUGAUCUUUGAGAAGUGUGAGCUGGCGACCUGCACGCCGAGGGAGAGCGGCGUGGCCGGAGGAGACGUCUGCUCCUCGGACUCCUUCAACGAGGACAUCGCUGUCUUCUCCAAACAGAUCCGAUCGGAGAAGCCGUUAUUUUCAUCAAACCCAGAGCUGGAUAACUUGAUGAUUCAGUCGAUACAGGUGCUGCGCUUCCACCUCCUGGAGCUGGAGAAGGUUCACGAGCUCUGUGAUAAUUUCUGCCAUCGAUACAUCAGCUGUCUGAAAGGGAAGAUGCCGAUCGAUCUGGUUAUUGACGACAGAGACGGAAACAAAUCGGACAGCGAGGACUUCAUCAGGUCAUCGAACAACCUGGACCAGAUUUCAUGGAGCAGAGAUCAAGACGACGCAGCGUCCAUCCGCUCGGCCGGGACGCCGGGACCGUCCAGCGGUGGACACACGUCUCACAGCGGCGACAACAGCAGUGAACAAGGUGACUGUCUGGAUAACGGCGUGGCGUCGCCCAGCGAUGACGACGACCCCGACAGAGACAAACUGCACAACAAGAAGAGAGGGAUCUUCCCCAAAGUGGCCACCAACAUCCUGAGAGCCUGGCUGUUCCAGCACCUGACGGUUCAUCAACGCCAGGCGGCGGAUCGUCCAGCCGAUGAUCGACCAGUCCAACAGAGCAGUGAGCCAGGCGGGACCGUACGGCCCAGAUGGUCAGCCAAUGGGAGGCUUCGUCAUGGACGGACAGACACACAUGGGAAUCAGACCACCUGGUCCUAUAGGUGGGAUGGGGAUGGGUGUGGAGGGACAGUGGCACUACAUGUAGCACCAGCACCACCCUGCAGCCAGAGGAGCCGCCCAGCGACCCAGGACACCACGACCUCCAUGGUGGCGAUGUGGAGCAGGACCCCACACCUCCUCACCUGUCUGUCCCCGAAGCCCCACCCCCUCUGGGCAUCUACCUGACCAGAUGUGGGAACACCCCACCACCGCCACCGCCGUGUCUGGGGUGACCAAGACGCUUUGUUACUAGGAUUGUCCAGCUGGAGCACAGACACAGAGAGAGAGAGGACAGAUCCAGAUGUGGAGGAUGAUGGUGAACAGCUGUGUCACCUGAUCACACCUGGACUUCUCGGAGUCAGGACUCAAACGUUGCUCCUCCUCUGGGCCGCAGCUGAUGUCUGUAGGAGGAGGAGCCUGGACAGAGGUCAUGUGACCGGCGCCGUUUUCACUGUGGACGCUCUGAGAGCAGCUGCUGCUUUCACAUGAUGAUGAUGAUGAUGAUGAUGAAAUGAGAGGACAUGUCUGUUCCUCCUCUCACACUGUGUGUGUUUGUCUUUUUUCAUAGACUCUUAUUCUGAAAUAAAACG